AUGUGGGGCACCACGCGGUCCGUCCUGCAGAACCUCGUCCUGGGCGUGACCGAAGGCCACAGCGUGAUUCUGCGCCUGGUGGGCGUGGGGUACCGCGCGACGGUCGAGAGGGGCGGGAGUAUCCUCAAUCUCAAAGUCGGCUUCUCGCACCCCGUGGAGCUGCCGGUGCCGGAGGGGGUGCGGUGCCAGGUGCCCAUGCCCACGAGGAUAUUGCUGGAGGGGUGUGAUAAGGUGCGGAUCAAGGACUUUGCGGCGGUGGUGAGGGAGUGGAGGAGGCCGGAGCCGUAUAAGGGCAAGGGUAUAUUUGUGGGCGAUGAGACGAUCAAGUUGAAGAUUAAGAAGGUCAAAUAG